AUGACCGCUGCAGGAAAGUGGAAAUAUGAUAUUCACCUUAUGGCAAAGUUGUUCACUGUCUCUCCGCCGGGAUCACUGACUCAAGGUAUCCGCGUGCCGGUGUCGAAGAAUCGUUACCGUACCAUAGACAGUUUGUUGGACGACCUCAAUGCUAAUAUCGACAUGCCGUUCGGUGUACGACGAUUGACCACUCCUAUGGGUCGAACAGCCAUCAACGACAUCGAUCAGUUAGAGCAUCUUGGAAACCAUAAAGAAGUGGAAUUGUUCGAACUGCUGUUUGAGCACAUUCGUUAUAAGAUUCUCAAGCACAAUUGCUAUCUGAAGAAUUUGGAUCCAUUUGGUAAUGCUGGCAAAACACUGAUUCUGGAAAUCACAUAG